AUGGCUGCUCAGACCGAUAUUCGCGAGAACCAGCUCGAUACCAAGGCAGAAUUUGGUCAGUUUGAGAACACAGAAACCGUUGCCCUGACCGAGCAUGAGAAGCGCCUGUCAAAGAAGCUCGUGCGCAAGAUCGACCUCCUCAUUAUGCCCGCGAUAUUAAUCAUUUACAUCAUGAACUGGAUAGAUCGCAACAAUUAUGCCGCCGCUCGCCUCCAGGGCCUUGAAAGUGACCUCGGGCUCGUGGGUAAUCAAUACCAAACCGGACUGUCCAUUCUCUUCGUGGGCUACAUCUUGGGCCAGAUUCCGUCAAAUUUGCUUCUCAACUACUGCGGAAGACCAUCUUUGUACCUUGGAUUCUUCACCAUUGCUUGGGGUACAGUCUCAGCUCUGACUGCCCUUGUCACCAACUUUGGCUCCAUUAUGGCUUGCAGAUUCAUUUUGGGCAUCGUGGAGGCGCCUUUCUUCCCAGGUGUCCUCUUCUACUUGUCUCGCUGGUAUACUAAGGAGGAAAUCAACUUCCGCAUGAGCAUCUUCUAUUCCGGUGCGCUCAUUGCAGGAGCCUUCGGCAACCUCAUUGCAGCCGGCAUCCUUCACGGGCUAGAAGGCCAUGCAGGGCUGGCUUCGUGGCAGUGGCUCUAUAUCAUUGAAGGUGUCGUUACCGUCUUCUUCGGUAUUUGCACCUGUUUCAUUUUGCCGGACUUCCCACAGACAUGGCGAGCACUUUCUCCCGAACUCAAGCAUAUUGCCAUCCGACGCUUGACGAUCGAAGCCGCACAGGCUGAUGUCGAUGAGGAGGGAGCGAAGGCUCAACUUCGGGGCCUCGCCCUGGCAUUUGCAGACAUAAAGGUCUACAUCUUCGCCGUUGCCUACCUGGCCAUUACUGGUGCGAUUGGUUUCCAGAAUUUUUUCCCGACCCUCACGAGGACACUCGGGUAUUCGCGCUUCAUCUCUCUACUCUUGGUCGCCCCUCCAUAUAUCUUCAUCACCAUCUGGUCCUACUUCCACGGCCUGAUCAGUGAUCGAGUCCAGAACAGGUUCUGGUUUUUCGUCUACCCUGUCCCCGUCUCCAUCGCCGGCUUUCUCAUCUUCAUGACGACCGAAUCUUUUGGACCACGCUAUUUCGCCUGUUUUCUUAUGACCUUCGUGCUUACCAUGAACGGCACCAUUUAUGCAUGGAUCGCGAGCAGCAUUCCCCGACCUCCUGCCAAGCGAGCUGCCGCCUACGCCUUCAUCAACAGUCUCGGUAACUCGGCAAGCAUCUGGACACCAUUCACCUAUCGAGAGGAAGACAAGCCAUUCUACCGUCCUGCUCUUGGCAUAUGCAUCGGGCUGCAGGUGAUCGCCGCUGUCUGUGCGGUCGUCAUGCGUCUGUACCUCCAGCGCGAGAAUAAGCAAUUCGCCAGAAUGGAAAUGGAGAACGAUGGUCAACCUCUCGGUGAAGCUGAUUUGGCCAGGCUCCAGAAGACUACUCAGGCCGAAGGCAUCGCCGUUGCAGAAGCGAGAGCGAUGGAGAAAGGGUUUAGGUACCAACUUUGA